GAUAACAGAUGUAGGUCGGCGCUCGCGACAGGCACGACGCAGAAGAAAGCAGGGUAACGAUGGCGACAGAGUAAGGAUGGCGACAUCUUAUAUAGAGCCGAACUGAUAGACUCGCAAUCGGAUCUGGACGCGGUCCCUUAUCCGCCGGUGAUCGGAUCGGAUACUCUCAGCACACCAUCUCUUCUUUCUUCUCGGCGUCCUCGCAGUUUCGCGUUUACCCAAAAUACCCCUACCUUAAACCCUCCGCCUCCGCCGCCAUGCGCCGCCUCCUCCAAACCCUCCGCCCGCUCCAAGCCCUACCCCUCAACCCCGCUCCCGGUAUCCCCACCCCUCUCCGCCUCCUCUCUACCGCCUCGUCGGCCGCGUCCUCGGACUCUGACUCCGCCGCUUCCCCCGCCGUGGCCCCGCCCCCCGCUGCCGAUGCCGACUUUGACAGCGCCGACUACGACCUCCCGACCCCUGGUCCCGCCCCCUCCAGAAAAAUCAACAACCCCGCCGCCGCGCUGAGGAAGGUCCGGUUCGACCCCUCCCUCCGCGCGCGCGCCGACGAGGCGCUCUUUGGUAAGGGGCUGGGCGCGGCAGCCGUUGAUGAGGAGGAUGAGGACCGCUCACGGGACGUGGCGCUCGCGCUGCUCGAUGCGGCGCUGGAGGCGCCUGACGAGGAUGAAGAGGAUCUCGGGGAGGUCAGGGAAGAAGACCAGAUGUCGCUUUCCGUUGGCAUUGUCGGCGCGCCCAAUGCCGGCAAGUCCUCGCUCACAAAUACCAUGGUUGGGACAAAAGUGGCUGCAGUCUCCCGCAAGACAAAUACUACGACUCAUGAAAUUUUGGGGGUGCUAACAAAAGGGAACACACAGAUAUGCUUUUUUGACACCCCAGGGCUCAUGUUAGGGCACCAUGGAUUUCCUUAUAGGGAUGUCACAGUUCGUGUGGAGAGUGCCUGGAGCUCAAUUAACCUCUAUGAUUUACUAAUAGUCAUGUUCGAUGUCAAUAGGCAUCUUAAUCUGCCAGAUUCACGAGUUAUAAAGUUAAUUAAACGUUUGGGUACGGAGGUGAACCCAAACCAGAGGCGUAUAUUGUGCAUGAAUAAGGUUGACUUGGUGGAAGACAAGAAGGACCUACUUAAAGUUGCAAAAGAAUUUGAAGAUCUUCCUGGAUAUGAAAGGUACUUCAUGGUAUCUGGGCUAAAAGGCAAGGGAGUGAAAGACCUUGUACAGUAUUUGAUGGAGCAGGCAGUAAGAAGACCUUGGGAUGAGGAGCCAACUGUAAUGACUGAAGAGGUAAUGAAAACCAUAACGUUGGAGGUUGUGCGCGAGAAGAUGCUGCAUCACAUCCACCAAGAAAUCCCCUAUGUAAUUGAGCAUCGUCUGAUGGGCUGGAAGGAGCUAAAAGAUGGUUCUCUUAGGGUGGAGCAGCACUUCAUUGCACCUAAGCAAAGCCAGCGUCAGAUUCUUGUUGGUAAAAAUGGUUCUAAGAUAGGGAGAAUCGGUAUUGAAGCUAAUGAAGAGCUAAGGUCCAUAUUCAAGAGAGAUGUCCAUCUAAUUCUCCAAGUUAGAGUUGCGAAAAAGAGAAGUGCCUGAACAGACAGAUGUUGUCACAAUGUAUUCAGGAGACAUGGUUGGUAAGUGGUGCUUGGGCGCAUCAGUUCGGGUGACUGCUUUGACAGAACUUUGGAUCUAUGAUCAAAUGGAGGUGCCGAGCUAUAACCUAGCGUGUGGAGCCUUGAUUUCUGAAUAAAAGAUAUACCGGGAGCAAUCCACACGCCAGUGGUGACAAGGAAACGGCUUGCUGAAUAGCGAGCUGCUCGUGUGCUGGCGAAUCUGGGGUCUGUGAUACUGAUAUGCAGAUACGAAUGCGCUGGACACCGUUUUGCCUACUCUCUGAUUCGAAAAGUAGUCCCUCUCCUUCUCAGGUCUCAGCCUGUAUUUUCUAUAGGUUCUUUAGACAGUGUUGUAACGACAGGAUGAUCGAGCAUGUCGGCGUUGAAGUUUGCUGCUGAUCUUCCGCGGUGUUUUGAACAGCGGAAAUUUAAGGAUGAAAUCCGGUGGAAAAUUUACACGAUGGAAAAUUUCCCCGGGACGUGCGCGUGCUGUACUGCUGAUACAGAAAUGCUCCCUAUAUCUAUAUUUAUCAUCGUCUAUAUUUA